AUCGAUGUUUUGACAGCUAGUCGAACUAACGCCGAAAAAAGAGAACCAGCUGUGGAGAUUUGCAAAAAUUGUAGAUAAUUUAGUUAUUGUAAAGACCAGGCUCAUUUAACCGACAACAUGUUGAUCAAAGUAAAGACCCUGACCGGCAAGGAAAUCGAGAUCGACAUUGAGCCCACAGACAAGGUGGACCGUAUCAAGGAGAGAGUGGAGGAAAAGGAGGGAAUUCCGCCACAGCAACAGCGUCUCAUUUUUUCCGGCAAGCAGAUGAAUGAUGACAAGACUGCGGCGGAUUAUAAGGUGCAAGGGGGGUCAGUCCUCCACUUGGUGUUGGCUCUGCGAGGCGGUGGUUCCAUCCUAAUACCUUUUCUGUAAUUAUCCUGUUGUUAAGCGGAAAACAUUCAUUUAAACUCUACUCAAAUACAUUAAGCUUGAGAAGCAUCAUUUGAAGAAAAAUAUGUAUAAACUAAAAAACCAGUAAAAAAAAGUGGUAAAAAAGAAAUGCGUAUGCGCAUCGGGAAAAUGUAAAGAAAAAUGUGUAAAUGAGCGCAUAAGAAUGUUGUAACAAGAUUUAAAAAUAUCAAAAAUGCAUUUAUUUUGAAUAAGUG